AAACUUUCAUAUCACCAUGUAUUUAAAUUGAAUUGAGUUGCAAUUGAUUUUCAGGAAAACAAAUAAAGUUGUAUGUGAAGAUAAAACUGCAGUAUAAAAUAUUGUUUAAAAUAAUUGUUUAAAACAUUUUGCAAACUUUCAUACAUGGACUGGAUAUGGAGGAGGAAGAACACAAUCGUUUGACGUCUUGCGGCGAGCAGCCUUUGCGACAGCUGACGGAGUCUGUGAAGAAGUUGACCGUUGGAGACACCAUGGAGUAUCCAAGGGACAAUAUUCUGGAUCGGGGUAUCCAGUUGAGACAGGAAAUACUGAAGAAGGAUGUCCUGAAACUCCUUCGACAACACGGCCCCCAAGGGUUCAGCAAACAGGGGUUGUGGGAUAAAGUUAAGAAAGAAACAAGGAGACCAGAGCUUAGUGCAAAAAUGUUUGGCGUUAUUAAGUUAAAAGAUUUGGCUGAGCUGCGGUGGAAGGAUGAGAUAGAGACGUAUUGUCCCAAUCCUGAGGCUCCAAAUGUGCAGUUCUAUCGCAUUAGACAAGUGCCUUUGAAAGAGACUGAACCAACGAUCCAAGCAAAGACGGAAACCUUGAAGAGUUCUGACUCUGCGAAUGAAAGUAGUGACAGCAGGGCUGCCACUGGUGGUUCAGUGAGUAAGCCAUCAAGGGAUCAUGUAGAUGAAAGCCUGGGUGCCAAGAGUAAGACAUUUGAAAUAAACUUAACAGAGGAUCAACUGAGUUACAUCGCGAGAAAGGUUCAGAGCCAUCUUUCUGGGGCCGGGACUUCGGGGAUGAAGUUAAGAAAGUUUACAAAACAUCUGAGAACGUACUUGAAAGAGUUUGGAGACAUUCAUGGGUUUAGGGAAGGCAGUGCGCUGUCUUUUCUGCAUGAGAAUUUUCCUGACUUGGUCAGUGUUGAAGCUAACCAUAAACAUGUGGAGAACUUUGGUGUCCACUUGAAGCGUCACAGCUCUCCUAUAGUUGUGAGGGACUCGCAUGAAGAAGACCUUAUAAGAGAUGAAAGCCAUUCUACAGAUUCACAGGUUGUUCAAAGUAGGUCAUCUAGAAGUUCCAGUACAGAGAGUGGACUAAUUGCUAAAAAACACACUUGGACAGAUAUAGCAAAACAAGCCGAACAACCGUUACAGUCAGAAACAAAAAGUGUCACAAAAGGGCCAGCAAAAGCUGAAAACGAGGUACCAAUGAAAUCAGCCCAGAAAGAAAAGCCGAAAAGUGCAAUGGAGCUUAUGUCCUCAUUGUCUGGGUGGGGUAAACCAGCCACAACCCCUGCCUCAGAUGUGAAACAGAACAAGAAGAAAAGGACACCAGUGUUGAAGAUUGGUAGUGAACUUCAUGAUGUAAUAUCAGUGCCAGACGAUGAUGAUGAUGAAGAUAUUCAACUUGUUGAAAUGGACGAGGCCAAUACUGACAAAGAUGUUGAAAUUGUUAAGGAAGAAAAGCCACAAAAAACUGGGUUAAUGCCUACCCCAGUACAGCUUAUGCCAAUGCAAUUAAAUCAAUUUCAGACAAACUUCUGUCGACCACCGUUGUCAUUAAACCCUCAGUUCCUGUUCAAUAUGCAGGCAGCCAUACGUCAGCCCAUGACCCCACAGCCCUUAAUAUCCCCGCCAGUGCGUGGAGGGUCAAUCCUGCCCGGCCCCUUGCCAUCAUUCUUGACAAAUCCAAUCACAUAUCAGCAGAUCCUGCGUCCGCAGUCCUUACAUAGCCCCUCGGGGGCUCAAAGUCCGCAACUCACAGCAACCAAACUGCCAAAUAUGGGUAGACCAGUGCAGUUGGAUGAUGAUGAGGAGGAGGAGGAAAUAUCGGAUUACCAGAAGAGACCAUCCCCAGAGGACAUUGCUGGUCCCAGUUAUGGUUCAAGGUCAAUGCGUGAAGGAGGUCCACAUGUACACUCCUACUUGAUGAUCCCAGAACCUAGUCAUGCACACAUACGUGCUGAUACAAUUGACUUGACCAUCAAGCCUGUAGACACACAGAUGUUUGAGCAAAAAAUUAUCAACGUAAGUCCAAUAUUUGUGCCUCGAGGUCAAAUGGUGACGAAGGAAUUUGUAGACAAUGUUGCAAAGGAAUGCAUCGAGGCUCUUGCAGAGGCAAAUGAGUCCGUAACCCCAGACCGUGUGGAGAAGUUGAUCUGUCAGAGGUUUAACAUCCCGCAUAUCAGAGUCCUGAAUAUCGGGUAUGUGGAUCAGCUCAACAGCGUGCACGAACUGAAUCGGAUGAUAUGCAAGGUGAACACGUACAUUCUCGGCUUUGUUAAAGUUCGCUGCAUCUGCACACUUUAUGAGCUGGAACAGGCGCUGAGAGAGUAUGAGACGAACAAGCAGGAUUUCAAGGAGCUGAAACUGGGCCCAUUGCAGCGUCUUCCAGUUGUGUACCAGCAGUUCCGGUUCCCCCCAGAUAUGAUGCACGUGCCGGAGAUUACAAGCAUGGACAUCCUGGACCACUUCCACAACUACCUGACGCGGCGUAAUUUGUGGAGUGCCAAGCUGGAGCUGGAACCAUUCAUGGAGUACCUUGUAGAGACGUAUGAGGCAGAGAAUGCGUACCAGCUUGGAGUGCGGGUCAGGUCCCUGCCAUUGAUGGCUGGGAUCUUGAAGAAGGCCCAGAGGGAUUGUGGCAACAACAGGCGUGAAAUCCUGGAGCAUUUGAAGGACACCUUGCGGUCAGAUAUCGGGGACGCUUUCAGGAAGUUCCGUGCCUCCCUGCUACAGGGUACCGGUGAGGGGAUGGAAGUGCGCACGCACUACAUGAAGGUGCGCCCGGAGAUCGUCAUACAAGAGGUCAUGGAGAAGUUCAACUUGUUGCUAUUGACAACUAAGAUGGGGCUCAAAACAACCGGGCGCAUUACGAAAGUGAAGAAAGUGGUUGAGGAUUUCCUGACCACUGUCCGUACGGACAUGUUUCUACGUGACAUCCUGCACCUGACCAUCUGCAUGUCCAACACGGCCCUGGAGCAGACCACCCUGGCCCUGCUGAUCCCACCACCUGCCCAGCAGCGAGGGGAUGAGGGGGUUGCCAUGGAAACCAAACCACCACCCAAGAAAGAUGCUCUGACGGAGGCACUGAAGAAGUACAUUGAGCGCUGUUUGAACGCUGGGGCUCUAAGUCUGGUGCACCUGGAUCGUAUUGAGGAGAAGCUCCUGGAAGACUUCGCUGUCGCCUCAUUCCCACAGAUGGGCUACGGCCGCUUCCUGGAGUUCUUGCUGGCUGAGGCUAAACAGAUGCUGGAGGAGAGUGGGGGCCUUGUGAUGGGGUCGGGGGGUUCAGGGGCCACAGAAGGGGACACCACAUCCUUCAAACCACACCAGGCAGACCUCAUGGAGUUCAUCAGACAGUGUCAACACAGUGGCAUUGUACAGCCUGCUGAGAUUGAGGAUGCGUUGUGUCGGCAGUUUGGGGUCCGUGAUGUCCGCAAUCUGGGUCACGGAAACAUAACGAGGUUGCUCAGCCUCAAGGAGAAGCACGGUGGUCGCUAUAGUUACGGGGAUGUCACUGUCGUUUAUGAAUGUACACUGGCCCCAUCAGCUGGGCUGUCUAUGACUGUUAGCUCCAAGGUGGGGAUCCUUGGACACCAGACCCGUGAUGCGGCCAAGAUCUGCCUGCACACCUGCCCACUACUGGAGGACAUGGCCGCCUGGAGCCAGUGGGGCCUCGUGUUUGAACCAGAACUCGGAAAACUGAAAGACUUUGUGCAGAAGUACGGGGGUGUCAGCAACAAAACUGUGGAAGGGGGUCAACUAACCACACUUGAUUUCCUGGCCCUGGAGACAGACCCUGGACACCUUCUGAAGAUCGUGUCCACGACCUCCCCAGACCACUUCACCCGGGCCCUGGGCUUGCUGGACCCCGUGGCCACAAGUGGUCACCUUGUCUCCUUGGCAGUGGCCUACAAAGGCGUGUCUAACAUGCCCCUGGCCCUACUGACCGGCCACAUGAAGACUGUGCUACUGCAGGUGUACGCUAAUGAAGGGACAGGCAGAGAUUCCAGUGGUGACAGUUACCCAGCCAAUGCUGCAGCCAGAUUUGUGUUACAGUGCCUCCUGAAAUGUCCUCUCAAAAUGGCCGUCGCCCUGGCUAACCAGCUAUUCCUAGAGCCCCUGGGUCAAGUGAUGGGCGCCACCUCCAGUAAGCAGCUGCUGCCAAGCUUGUGUGCCAGCGUUGAGGAGCAGAACACGCUCACACAGCUGGGGUGUCUACUGGGCGUGCAGGAGUGGACACGGCUCAUUGGCCUCAAGUGUGUGCUGCCAGAGUCAGCCAUGCAGAACAUGUCAAGGGAGAUGGGAGACAUGUACACAGAGGAGCCUGAGCAGGACGAAGAUGAGGAGGAGGAGGUUGUAUCUGACACGGAGGAUGUCGAUGAAAUCUUGGCCGGUGACCUGGAGGUCAAGAAGUCAGACGGGGAGACAGUUGGUUCAAGUGAUACUGUUGCCAUAGGAACUGAAACAACAGAUGAGUCAGUAAUACUGGUUGAUGGUGAUGUAGAAAUGGCCAGCGUUACGACAGAGACUCCUACAGCUGCCACCCCCACGUGUGAAGACAUUGUGAAUGAGAUCAGGCGGGAUGAGUUUGGAAUAGGGGUCCAUCUUAGUGAGGAUGGUCAGCGUCUGAUGAAAGUACAGCAAGACAGACUUGGCCGAAGUUUAGAUCGGCUUUCAAAAGACCUGUACAGCAAAGACACUCAUUUCGUGCUUGAGUUGAUACAGAAUGCAGACGACAACAACUAUGCUGAAGAACUUUAUACAAACCAAGCAGAGUGCCCAUCCGUGAAGUUUGUGAUAGACGAGGAAGGGAUCCGAGUCUACAACAACGAGUCCGGAUUCAGGGAGAAAGACAUCCGAGCAUUGUGUGAUGUCGGCCGCAGCACGAAGGGGAAACACAAGUUUGGGUACAUUGGUCAGAAGGGCAUUGGUUUCAAGUCAGUGUUCCGUGUAACAGACUGCCCGGAGGUGCAUUCGAAUGGUUUCCACAUCAGGUUUGACGUGAACAGUGGCUCCAUGGGUUACAUUCUACCACACUGGGUGCCGGCAUCAGAGCAUCCCCAACAACAAGGCUGGAUGACCUAUAUCUCAUUGACCUUGAAGACAAGCAUGAGGUUGCAGACCCGGACUCUAGCUGCACGGUUCAAUGACAUUCAUCCCUCACUGCUGCUCUUCCUGCAUAGGCUGAGGGAGAUUACCAUUGAGAACAAGAUUGAAAAUGGGGUGCAGAAAUUCCGGCGUAGAGACGUGGGCAACAACAUAGUUGAGAUUGAGCACACUCACGGCACCGAGCGUUGGCUGGUUGUGAAGAAGAUGCUGGACGCCACCAAGAUAUCUCUGCAGGCCAAGUCUGGGGCUGAGGUGGAGUCUAUUGAGGUUGCCCUGGCCUUCCCUCUCAGACCCGCGGGGCUGAAAUCUGGGGCCAAGGUUCUGCCUCCAAAGCAGCCAGUGUUUGCCUUCUUGCCUCUUCGUAGCUAUGGAUUCAGGUUUAUUGUACAAGGUGACUUUGAUGUCCCGUCGAGUCGUGAAGAUGUUGAUCGAGACAGUCCCUGGAACCAGUGGCUGCGUAGUGAGAUACACACCAUCUUCAUAGAUGCUCUAGAGGCAUUCAAGACCCAGAACGCAGACUCCCCUCUAGAGGCAGUGUGCAUGUUCCUGCAGUUUGUGCCCAUGGAGGACGAGGUGCUGGACUUCUUCAAGCCAGUCUCCUCGGACAUCCUCAAGAAACUCAAGGCUAGACCCUGUGUUCCCACGCAGCCUGAUGAAAAAGGUGUGGUAAGCUGGAAGCUGCCAUCGCAGACAGUCCAGGUUCGAGACCCACUUGUCCGCACGGUUGUCACUCCGUCGCUCCUGGCAACACACCUGAACCUGUUCUACCUCAACCAUGAGGUGGCAGCCAUGUUGAAUCCUGCUCUAACAGCCUGCCUGGGAAUUGAGACGCUAACGUCUGAACACCUGUUCCAGUUGGGCAAGGCCCUGGUUGUACACAUGGAGAAUAAAUGCAGUUCUGAGGAAGAUGUGCUACUGAUAGCCCGCUGGCUGGCCUGCAUGUAUCGCAGUCUGGAUGAGUUCCAUGAAGACCAGUCCAUACUGGAGAAGUUGAAGUCUCACCGCAUCCUGCCCCUCACUGACGGGGAACUUGUGUCCCUCAACGAGAAGACCGUCUUCUGUCCCGUACCACAGAGUGGGGGCAAGAGGGAAAAGAAGGCCAAAGACCCACUGUUCCACCUGCGUACAGACAUGAGCAGCCUGCACCCUGGCCUCCUGAACACCAGUGACAGUGAGGUGAACAGCCAGGUACAGAAACUCCUGCUGAGACUGGGCAUCAAGCAGUUGUCCCCCUUUGAUGUCAUCAACCACCACAUCCUGCCCGUGUUCCAGUCCGGGGACUGGCAGGUCAAGUCAGAUGAGACGCUCGUGUCCUACCUAGUCUACAUCAAGGAGGAGCUGGACAAGCAGCCUUCGCUGUGUAACCUUGACACUCUCAAGGACGUUGCCGUGGUGCUGACCAAUCACGGCAGGCGGAGGGUCAAAGAUGUGCCUGUACACUUCCCACCACAGUACGGAAACGAUGUUGACCUUCAGGCAGUAUUCAGUGGCUAUGACUGGACUCUGCUUCAGCCAGUGUACCUGCAAGCCCAAAUGAGCAGCUCCAGUGCCGCUGGCUGGUUCAGCUUCUUCCAGAAGCUGGGUGUGGACAAGGGUUUCUCAGUGAGGAAGAGAGAUGUUGUCAUGAAAAGGAAAGACCUGGCGGAUUCAUUAUGGAGUACUCACAGCCAGUUUUGGCCACAAGAGGAGGAAUACAUUAUAAAGGACUACUUUUCUGAGGAACUCUCAUGUCUUAUCCAAGAGAACAAGUUCCAGUCCACAACAGACCAACCCAACCUAGGCUUUGUUCAGCAAAUGAAGACUCUUUGUUUAUACCUUGACAAAUACUUCAGUGAAAGAUUCUCUCCUUUCACAAGCACUAGCGUUGUGGAUAAAGAUGGAAAAGUCUUGAAAGAGACGGAGACAUCUAUUGGCAUUGUUCUCAAGAAGUUUGCAUGGUUACCAGCGAUAGAGACGAAAACGUCAUUGGAUCUGGAUGGGAAUGUUCAAAAGGACCAACGAGUCACGAUGAAAGAAUCUUCAUGUUUGUAUCUUUGGUCUGAUCCAGUGGUGAAGAUAUUGGCUGAUAAAGUUCUGUACCUCGAUGCCAGACCUCAGUCCAGCAGCUUGAUUCAGUUCCUGGGUCUUAAGAACAGUGUGGAAAUUGACAUCGUAAAGAAACUGUUGCUGUCUUGGAGUCAGAGGGAGAAACCUGAGACGCCAGCUACGUUUUGUACUUCACUUGCCCAUAUGAAGAAUGUGUACGAAUAUCUGAACAAUGUAAUGAGCCGACAGGAUUUUAAUGCCUUACUGCGGGAGGAGCCAAUCAUAUUCGUGCCAAACAGGGCCAGCGACGAUAACUUUCGAGUUGUUGCAGGAAGAAUGCUGAGACACGAUGAGGUGUGGAUGGCAGACAAGACAGGGCUGUUUGACAAGCACAGAUCACUGCUGGAAGAGUUUCACACAAAGGUGGGUCAGAAGCAGACCAUCAUGCUGUACUACCGAGAUAGACAGGAUCUCCUGGACAUGUUCAUACAGGAGGGGAAGGUAGACAGGCAGCCAAAAGUGGAGGAAUACAUUGAGCUCAUGGUACUCCUAUGCACAACAGAGACACCCAAAGACACCAAGGUACUGACGGAUGUCUUGCAUAUCUUGACUGUGAUUGGUCAGGCCCUGAUACUGCGACCAGAAGAUAUUCAGAGCAAUCCUAAUGCAGAGUUUGGGUUGAGUGUGCUCCGAGAGUCGGUGAAGAAGAGGCUUCAAAAUGAGAAGGUGUUCCCGUCAAAGCGAGGUGUGUGGGUGGGGGCGGCAGAUCUCCCACUGAUCGCAGACAGCAAGGAGCUGGAGGCCAUGUUUGCAGACAAGGACUGGGUGCACUUCAUAGAUGUGAGAGACAAGGCUCCACACAAGAGCAAGGCAUCGCCAACGAAAGCUGUGGAGAAGACCGUCCAAUGGGAGCAUAUCAUGGUUGUCCUGGAUAUAUGUGGUAUACGAAAACUAAACAGCAUUUUGGAGAUAAAACCUGCCCCAGAAAUGAUUAAACCUUGUCCGGAACUUCAGUUGUACUUCCACCGUAUAGUUCCCCUGGUGCAACAAUACCUGAUGGCACGCUAUGAGGAUGUGUACUCUGUACUGGAGGAUCUGAACACCAGGCAGAUGUUGGCUGAGGCCAAUUUUUUCCAGACCAAGAAGCUGGAGGUGACGUACUGGCUGACGGGGAUGAAACAGGACACAUUAGUGGUGAAGGAGGAGAAGUGUGUGAUCUGCCCACCAACAUUCUUUUUCCAUGAGGAGCACCUUGGCUCUCUGCCAGACAUCUACAGGGAGGUGGCUCGGCACUUCAGUCAAGGAAACAGUGACUGCUACGCCUCCCUUAGGGGUUUCCUUUCUGAGGUGAACAACAUCAUCGCUGGUAACACAACGGACACAGCAGAGAUCCUGCUUGCACGGCACAACGCAGACGACAACCCGGAGUUACCCGAGACUGACGUGUGGACAGUUCUUGCGCCUAAAAUGCCUGAGCCAGAGCCUGUACCAGAACCUGAGCCAGUCUAUGCAGAAGAAGUAGGAGAGUAUGAGGUGGACAUUGGAGAAGGGGGUGGAGUCACAGCAUUGGACCAGGAGGGGGCACCUGUCAUGAGGGCGUGGCCUCCUGUGGCAGAGAAAUCACAUGGCGUAAGAAAAGUUUAUACUAAGAGCGAGGAAGCAUCCAAGAUAUGGCCACCUCCAGAAGGCAAAGACUACAUGCGUCAAGUGCGAGAUCUGCCUAGCAAUAUACGGGUGGUGGAUAACUCUAAUACUCUGGGAUUACGCCCAGCAAGUGGAACAGCCACUUCCGCCUAUCCCAGUGAUGAGGGAGUGAGAACUACUCACCCUGAUGAUGGUGUUGCUAGGCCUGCCCGUGCAUUUGACACAGAAGGUAAACCUACUCACUCGGAUGAGGUGAGAGUUAGGCGUGAAGUGAGAACAGAACAAGGACAACUAGAGAUUACAGACGAACCCCAGGAACAUGUAGAGGGGGCAGCAGCCAGUAAUCAGGAUACAGAGAUUCAAAGAAAGCGAAAGCUAUCUGAAACAGAAGAGCACCUGCAGCAGAGCAAGCGACAUUCCAGUGACCUGGGGGGGCUACACACCACUGUACCUGAGGAGUGUGAGCCAGCCCCUGGGUCUCACCAGGAGCAUCAUCGCCACCACCACCACCAUCACUUUCCGGCUCCACUUGAGUUUGGCACCACUAAACAUCUCAGAAAAGGUAACCCCAUAUGGAAGUACAUGGUGACAGACUACGCCUCUGAUGAACUGGGUACCGGUAUGGACCUUCAGCCACCUGAGAGCAUCCUCCAAUCAAACGAUACGUUAGAGGACGAACUGGGAAUCGGGCGGUGGGGUGAGGAACUUGUGGACAAAUACCUGAGGAGGGAGUUGGAACAGGGCAAGAUCUCGAGUUAUGAGUGGAACAACAGUGAAGAUGAGACAGGGGCACCAUACGAUUUUGUCGUAAACUUUGUCGAUGAAAAUGGGACUCAAAUCAAAGACUUCGUGGAGGUAAAGAGUACAAAGUCUAGCGAGAAAGGAGUGUUUGAGAUCUCUGUGCAGCAGAUCAAGUUUGCUGAGGAAAUGAAGGACAAGUUCCAUAUUUUCCGUGUGUUUAAUGCAGGAAAUAUGGAGAAGGUUCGAUUGAUCCGGAUUUAUGACUUGAAUAUGAGGCUGUCACAGAAACAAGUGAAGUUGUGUAUGCUGAUUUAGAGGGAAUGAAGCGAAGUCGGGAACUGUAUUUGACUGAAAAGUAACUGUUUUUCCAUCUUCAUACUUAUUCAAUAUUUUGUAUUGUGCUUAUUAUUGAUAGAAGUGUGCAAUAUAUUCACACUAGUUGGCUUAAAAAUGACAAACCUUUUGUUUGAUUGAAGUUAUUGUAUUAUGUACAAUUUUAACACGUACACAUUUUUAAUAAUUAUGACCAAGAAAAAUAUGACAAGAAACAUCAUUUCCAAUUUCUAAUGAUUUUUUUUAGUUUUAUUUGAUUUUUAUUACACAAUCUUAUUGAUUUUGUUUGCUCUUAUCUCUUGAAAAAUUGAUUGCAGCUCUUUUAAGUUUACAUCUGUCAUUUGUGUAAUGUGUCAAGUUUUUGUUAAGUUGAAUGCUACUAUACAUAAGCUUUCAAAAUAUUUCAUUUAUACAUCGUUUUCAUGCAUCAGUCAUGCAUCUCUGCUUUUCCACUUCAUCACAUGUGCAAUCAGACUAAUGGCAUAUGAACUUUUUACUGUUUUCCCUAUUACCUAUUAGUCUUCAAAGUGUGCCUGAGAAAACAAUUCUGGUACAAAUAGAUGAACUGAAAGCCACGAUAUGAUUACAAAAACUGUUCAAGAUUGUUUUCACAUAGGGUUCAGAUGUUUAUAGCUCUUGUUUAGAGAUACAUAACAACCAUGGCAUUUAAAAAAGAAGCCGACCUUGUCUUUAUUUCAGAUAAAUCAUAUGUAUUAUGAACAUGUUUCUGUUGCAUUUGUUAAUAAAAAAUAUAUCAGUCUUUUCAGAUAACAGGCAUCCUGCUUGUUCAGGAUUAUUAAUUGACCAAAUUCAUAUACUCAUCUUAGUUAAAGAGCUCUGUUAUUUCUUUCAUUUUGAACUGCAAAUUUUGAGUUAUAGUGACCUUAUGAGGAAGGUUGAAAUUGAAUCUUUCUGUAAUAGUGUCGUGUUUUGUUAUCAGAGUUACCAUAAUGGUUAUUGUAGUACACUGUCAGAGGAGUUACCAUUGUACAAACUGUGCCAAUUGCUGCGUGCCUUUUUACUAAAGGUCCAAGACAAUGUUAAUGUUUGAAAAUUGUCCAGUUUCUCAUUUUAAAUUGCGAUGGUGUAUUAUAUCUCUUUAUUCUGCAAUUUUAUCCCGGGGGGGGGGGGGGGGAGGUAAUUUCCUAUAUACGGGUAUAUAGGGGUGUGCCGAUUUUAUGGGGUGUGUUUUUCGACUAAAAUUAUAGAUAUGGGUAUGGUUUUGAGCAUCUAAGUAUAGAUAUGGGUAUUGAAAUCAGAAAUUUGCUUGUAUAUAAAUGCAUAUAGAUUUGACAGUAUCAGUAUCAAAAUUGGUAUGAUAAAUGUCAUUAUUGUAUAUAAAUGGGUAUCAAAAAGUAAAUUUCAGUAGCGGGAAAGAGAUAAUAGCAAAUUCAAUAAGUACACUGUAUUGAUAUGAAAGAGAUUUAAAUUCUAGAAUGCAAUGUGUCCACUUUAUCAAAUUCUAGUAUUUAAAUGGGUCCAGUUUAUCAAACUUAUUGUAUUGAAAUGGGUCCACUUUCUCAAUGGUUUCGUAUACAAAUGGGUAUGCUUUUUUUUUUAAAUCUACUUUAUCAGAGUUCCGGUUCAAAAAUGGGUCACAUUUCGGAAGUCUCAGCGGGACACCCCUACCCUAAAAUUUGGGAAGUUACCCCCCCCCCCCCCCCCGGGAAUUUUAUGUUGGUUUUUGUAUUACUCCAUUUGAUAACUGGUUGUUAUCUUGU